AUGCCCUCACCCCGGCAGCCUCCCAGAGCAUCCGUGCCUCUCGAUCGCUCGCCUAUAGUGCCGCAGCCUGGCACUGGCACCAGCACCAACAUCAGCACCAGCACCAGCAUUAGUACCAGAAUCAACAACAGCAAUAGCAACAGCAACGCUGCCGCCGCGGCGCCGGAUGAUGACGAAGCCGAGAACGAGAACGAGAACGACCAGGAGGAAUUUGCUGGCGGAGGAGAUCUGCCCAUGAGCAUGACGGCCAGUGUCAUCUUGACGAAUCUGCCCAAAGAUGCUAGCCAGGCGCUCAAGGAGGUUGACGAGAUCGAUGAUCGGAAAGUUUCGGUUCGCUUUCAGCCCGUCGGCUCAGCGCCUAUUCUCAAACAGCGAGUCUUUAAGAUCAGUGCGUCGUCCAGGUUCAGCGUCGUCUUGAACUUCUUGCGAAAGAAACUAGGCGUCAAAGAAGGGGAUGGCCUGUUUCUCUACGUCAACAGUGUCUUCGCUCCUGGUCUGGACGAGGGCGUCGGAAAUCUAUUCCGGUGUUUCAAGACAGACGAUCAACUGAUCGUCAGCUAUUCUACUACGCCUGCUUUUGGCUGA